AAUAUUCUAAAAAUUAAUUGAGAACUAAACUUCAAACAAUGUUAAAUCCUAAAACAAGAAAUCUAAAUUGUCUAUAAUGGAAAGGGAAUCUCACUACUCAGACAAAGGGGUCACUUUCCUCGCACUUAAAGCAGGGCAUGGGAUUCAUUUCAAGCACUAGGAAGCACAACACUUCCAUGGGUUUGCUCUUGGUCUUCUUCCCUGAAGAUCAUAACAAAGGAACCAAUCCCGUUCUGGAUAGAGAAGUCGCCGCCGCCGGUAACUUCUCUUCUUCUUCUCCAGCCACGGCGAGAGUCAUCAGGAGGACGAAUUCUUCCAGCCUUCUUUUCACCAAAGCUCAAUCCACAAUCUCAAUUUGUGUUUUCUUGGUUUUCGUUACUCUUCUUGUUUUUACCCUCUCCACUUUUGAACCUGCCAUUCCCAUCCCCACCACCGUAUCUGCCUCCACCUCUCGGAGAUUCCUGACCCAGAAAUUCUUACUCACCAAGCCCGAUUCUCCUUCUUUCUCUUCCUUUUGGGUGUCUAAAUUGUCCCGGGUCAAGUUCAGAACCACGCCGUAUGUCAAGAAGCAGAGCAGUUGGAUUUCUUCGUUUGCAUUGCAGGGGAUGGGUACUCUGUUUCGGCGCGGAACCAGAGCAAUGAACAACCUUGUGGUGACCCAUGUCUCCGAAGACGUGACGGAAGACGAACUCCGGCUGUUUCUGAGGUCAUUGCAUCGGUCCGGCGUCACUGCGAAAUCCGACGUUGUAUUUAUCUUCGGUUCAUCGUCGUCCGCGAAAUUCUACUCUGUUGUUCAGGAGGAGAAUGAUUCGUUUCUGAAGCUCCUUGACCCUCACAAAAAGUCUGUCAAUUCGACUCGUGACUCAGUAUUCAGUUUCGAUGUGACUCACUUUGUGAAAUCCGGGAAGAAAGAUGUCGGAGAGCCAUUGUGGGGAAAGAAAAUUCGAGGGAAUUACAGUGAUUUCAGUAAAGGUGAGACCGAGUCAACUCGGUUGAGUUAUGGAUCGGUUCUGGGGUUCGAGACCAACGAGUUGGACCCGGAGAACUCGCUGUCCGGGUUUUUAGGUCAUGUUCCGAUGAGUUUAAGAAGAUGGGCUUGUUACCCAAUGCUACUCGGCCGAGUCAGGCGCAAUUUCAAGCAUAUAAUGUUAGUGGAUGUUAAAAAUAUGCUAAUAACCGGUGACCCACUCGGACGACUCAAGAGCGGGAGUCCCGAGUCAGUUUUUUUAUUGGCGGCCAAACAAGGAGGAAAUAAGCAUAGCAAGAAAAACCCGGAGAAAACUCAGUCUAACUACUCAGUAAACUCAGCGAUUCUCAUGGGCGGAACUCGGGGCAUUCGGAGACUAUCCAUUGCAAUGCUUACCGAAAUCGUUCGAGCUGCCAUACAGCACAAGAAGAAGAAUUCAAUCUCUGAGUCAGGAAUUUUGAGUCAACUCGUCGGCAACCAGCACUUGUUAAAGAAUGUCAACGUUGUCAGAGCCGCCGAGUCGAUCCCAGAUGCGAGUUCACUCACUGGGUCAAGGUCCAAGUCGAGCAUGGAUUAUUCCAUAAUCCAACGCGGUAAUAGUAAUGGCAAUGAAAUUAAUUCUAUGAUUAAGAAGCAAAUCUGUUCAUGUGAAGUAGAUUCUUCCUCUGUUUAUAGAGAUUGUUAGCAAAUACCCCAAUAAAAAAAAAAAAAAAAAGAAGAUAGGGCAAAUGAAAAAAUUUUUUAUUU